AUGGAGACCGCCUCAGACAACGCGCUCAGUCGCUCGAGCAGCCGCUCCGUGCGCUCGAGGGUAUUUCCCGGGCGUCGUCAUCGCGAUUCUGCCCCCAGCUCGGUGCCUGGCGACGACGAGGCCGGCGGCCUGCGCUCCUCACUCGACGAGGCACUCGGCAGGCUCAGGCAGCGCCAGCGCGCAAACUCGCACGCGUCGGUUGACAGCGGGCGCGGCAGCGUGGACUCGCCAAAGCGCUUCUCGGGCCUGUUCAGACGACGGGCCAGGAAGACGGAGGGCGCAGGCUCCGACGAAAGCGCAGAUGGAGACAUUCUUGGCGGGGGCGCCCUCAGCUUCGACCAGCCCAGCCCCAGCGACGAAUCUCUGCAGCUCCACAAGAGCGUCGCGUCCAGCCUCCUGACUGAGGACAGCGACUCAGAAGCACCUCCCGUCAGACCCUCUCUUUCCCCACACCAAUCCCACGCUGGCUACUUAACGCUCUCCUCGCCCUUGAUUGCCUCGCUGGCCGUCAAAGCACCCUCUGUGACCAAACUGUCGACCUCUGGGACCGCUUCAUCGCACGACGACACCCUGGCUCCCAAGCACGCCAACACUCUCCAGCCCGAAACGAAGGAGCGACGCGGCUCAUCGCCCGGCAGGAAGUUCAAAGGCGCAUUCGGCCAGAAAAAGUCACCGUCCCCGAAGGGAACAACAGAGUCGCUCAAGUCCACCGAGCGAGGCGGAGGUGGUGGACUGGGCUCUCUGUUUGCGGGGGGGAAGAAGUCGCGGAGCAGCUCCAAGGUCAGCCUCGUUGAGGAGGCAUUGCAGGACUCGGUACAGGCCCAACAGUCCGAGGAACAGCAGCAGCAGCCUGCGUUGAAGCGCAUUGAGACCCCGCCCAUCAACACCUCGACUGCGAAUCCGGAGACCCCGCCAUCGAAGCUCAUUCAUGCUCCUACAACCGUCCUGACUCCGCCCACGCCUACCGAUCUAGAAGCGCCACCGAGUCUUUUCAAGAGGCCUUCGUCUUCCUCUAGAGCAGAGCACAAAUCGACCAAUUCAAUCCCUAACGUCGUCGUCACACCUUCCGGUAGCCUUGUCCACCGCCGUGCGCGAUCAGCCACCACCAAUUCCAAUCCUCCAAGCAAGCUCUCGCACGUUGCAACUGCUCCUCUCACGCCCACGCUCGAGGAGACCAAGACACCGGGUGGUACUCUGACGCAACCUCCCAGUGGGUUCUUCUCGUCCGUCUUUUCAGCUGCGCAGAACGCCGCCAGCUCGCUGAGCAACAUCACAUCGAUCAACCAGGGCCAGAAAAUCAAGACUUCUGUCACGGACACAGAAAACACCGGACCUGCUGGUGGAGAGGAAGUGCUUGGCGGUGGUUCUGAUCAGGACAUCGCGGACAACUCAGGCGUUGAGAAGAAGCAGCUCGCUGUUGAGACCCUGGGAUCUGGAGAUUUGAGUCUCAGUCAUCUGGGAAUUUCCGAGGCAGAUCCCGAGCCGAGUCAAAUGGCCUCAACAACAGAGCUGGCCGAGGCCCGGCCACUCACACCUACUGUGAUUGAUGCAGAUGAAGCAUCCGCAAGAGCCGAGGACAGCGCAGCUGCCAAAGCAGUAUCCGAUGCUUAUCUGCAGGGUCCACCAGACUCAGCCGCCCUAAAUGUCGAGCGGCAGCGCUCGCUUUCCGGCCUAUCAGACACGCAAAGACCAUCAUCAAGGCAACCCGGUGAUGAGGGGGAAGCGCGCCUCAGCCGGUCCGGCAGUGUUCGCAGUCGUUUUAGCGAUCGUAAUAACAAAAAGGGGCGGCGACACCGCGGAAGCUCCGCUGCCACAGGCACCCCGCUCGGGCCCGCACAAACCAACAGCUUCGCUGUUGCGAGCCGGAAGCGGAACCGAGACUUCCACAACCAGUUCAGGAGUGUCCCCGAGGAUGACUACCUCAUCGAUGACUACAGCGCCGCAUUGCAGCGAGACAUCCUUCUCCACGGCAGGCUCUACGUCUCAGAAGGCCACAUCUGCUUUUCGAGCAAUAUUCUGGGCUGGGUGACUAACCUGGUCAUAAGCUUCGAUGAGGUCGUAUCGGUAGAGAAGAAGAGUACCGCCGUCAUCUUCCCCAACGCCAUUGUGAUCACGACGCUGCAUGCCCGCAAUGUCUUUGCCAGCUUGGUCAGCAGAGACUCAACUUACGAUUUGUUGGUGGGAAUCUGGAAGAUCAGCCAUCCCAACCUCAAGAGCUCCCUGAACGGCGUCGCGCUUGAUGCAGGUACCGGAGACAAGACUGAAAAGGCCGACAGCCCGGACGCGAUCGAUGAUGGCUCAGAGGAGGGAUCGGAGGAGGAGGUUUACGAUGAAGAUGAUGACGAUGACGAUGGUGCUGUGAGCUUCACGGGCCCAAGCGAGGGCAGUAUUGCUGGCAGCGACGCAGAACCAAUCAAGCCCAUCAGCCGGAAACCGUCUGCUAACCCUGUGGGAUCCUCUGGCAACGGUGCCGACGCGGCCAAUGGUGAAGCCGUUGCCAACGGUGCCGCCCCCGGAACGCAAGAUUUCCCUGGGCCUGCCACGCAUGCACCAACUGAGUGUGGAGAUGAAGGCGACCAUUUCAGCAACCUCCUCAUCGAUACGACUAUCCCGGCUCCGCUCGGAAAAGUAUACUCAUUGAUGUUUGGACCAGCUUCUGGUACUUUCAUGCGCAAAUGGUUGGUCGAGGACCAGAAAUCGAUGGAUCUUCAAAUGGAGGAUGAUAAGAAGGGCUUGGGUGAAGACCGCAAGUCCUUCUCCUUUUCCUACAUCAAACCAUUGAACGCAUCGAUUGGUCCCAAACAGACGAAAUGUAUCAUCAAUUCCACGCUGGACCAAUUCGACCUGGACAAGGCUGUUACGGUCACCUGUAACACUCAGAAUCCGGACGUGCCCAACGGCAACAUUUUCGUUGUCAAGACGAAAUACUGUUUGAUGUGGGGUCCGGGUAACUCGACCCGUCUUAUCAUGAACUUCGUGAUAGAAUGGUCAGGGAAGAGUUGGCUUAAAGGUCCAAUCGAGAAGGGCACGAAUGAUGGUCAGACACAGUACGCUAAAGACCUGGUUGCCGGCCUGAAGGCAGCUGUCUCCGCGAGAGGACCCUCUAAGGGCGGCGCCAAAGGUGGCAAGAAAGGUGGCAAGCGGAGGAAGGAAGCAUCAUCGUCCCCGGCACGGGCGGAAGCUGCCGCCGCAGCGUCACCCGCUGCGGCAGAUAAAGGCUCAAACUGGGGACUUCUGGAGCCGCUGCACGGCCCCCUCCGUCCUGUCACAGACAUGCUUCCGGACUUCAUCUCAGCCCAAGUGGUCAUCGUCUUUCUCCUAUUCCUCAUGUUCAUCUCAUGGGUCCGUGCGCCCUCAUCUGCCGCAGUCGCCCGUGGCGGUUACGGUGUACACGGCAGCCUCGGCGUCCCGGGUCUGGCCACACCGGCGCGCAUCAUCGCAUACGAGGAAAUGUGGCGGCGCGAGGAGAGCGAGUUGUGGGACUGGCUCGAAGAACGCGUACGCAUGGACCGCGCGGUCGCCGGUACCCCACUUCAAAGCCAGGGCAGCAGCGCUUCGACCCGCAAGCAGCAGGUCAAGCAGAUGGGAGAGCGCCUUGACAGCGAUGUCCGCAUGAGCCAACGCCAGAUCGAGGAGGCUCUACGCGUCACGCAAGAGCGCCUCGAGGUGCUGAAGGAGGCGGUCGAGAAGAAGAGACCGGCAGCGGCAGCGGCUGAGGAAUCCUCAUCUUCUUCCCCUCUGGCGGCAUAA